GCUGAGAGUGGGCGGGGCGUUCUGGCGGGUUGGGGGAAAUGGCUUCGGGGUGCUGUGAGAGCUGCUAGGCUCAAUUUAAGUAGAGUGGAGCCGUGCUGACCAGACCAGAGGAAUAGUAGCUCUGCUCUGCUUGAAUAGAAUCUUCCAGAGUGGAGUAGAGAAUGGCUGUUGAACAUCCUCAAGGCACCUGCAAGACUGUGAAUCAAGGUUGAGACCAAGAAUUAUUUCUGAAAAAGAAUAUUUAUGGAAUAGAAUCAUCCUGAUGGGAGAUAAUGGAAAGACUUAUAAAAAACAGCAUUGAGUGUUCAAGUUUCAGAGGUGAUUGGGAAUGUAGAAGCCAGUUUGAGAGAAAACAGGAUUCUCAGGAAGGACAUUUCAGUCAAAUGAUAUUUACUCCUGAAGACAUGCCCACUUUCAAUACUCAGCAUCAGAGAAUUCAUACUGAUGAGAAACUCCUUGAAUGUAAGGAAUGUGGGAAGGAUUUUAGUUUUGUGUCGGUCCUUAUUCGGCAUCAGCGAAUUCAUACUGGUGAGAAACCUUAUGAAUGUAAAGAAUGUGGCAAGGCCUUUGGUAGUGGUGCAAACCUUGCUUACCAUCAAAGAAUUCAUACUGGUGAGAAACCUUAUGAGUGUAAUGAAUGUGGGAAGGCCUUUGGUAGUGGCUCAAACCUUACUCAUCAUCAGCGAAUUCACACUGGUGAGAAACCAUAUGAAUGUAAGGAAUGUGGGAAAGCCUUUAGUUUCGGAUCAGGCCUUAUUCGACAUCAGAUAAUUCACAGUGGUGAAAAGCCUUAUGAGUGUAAGGAAUGUGGGAAGUCCUUUAGUUUUGAAUCAGCCCUUACUCGGCAUCACAGAAUUCACACAGGUGAGAAACCUUACGAAUGUAAGGACUGUGGGAAGGCUUUUGGCAGUAGUUCAAACCUUACUCAACAUCGAAGGAUUCAUACUGGUGAGAAACCUUAUGAAUGUAAAGCAUGUGGAAUGGCCUUUAGUAGUGGUUCAGCCCUUACUCGGCAUCAGAGAAUUCAUACUGGUGAGAAACCAUAUAUAUGUAACGAAUGUGGGAAGGCUUUUAGUUUUGGAUCAGCCCUUACUCGACAUCAAAGAAUUCAUACUGGUGAGAAACCGUAUGUAUGUAAAGAAUGUGGGAAGGCUUUCAAUAGUGGCUCAGAUCUCACUCAACAUCAGAGAAUUCACACUGGUGAAAAACCCUAUGUAUGUAAGGAAUGUGAGAAAGCCUUUAGAAGUGGUUCAAAACUUGUUCAGCAUCAAAGAAUUCAUACUGGUGAGAAACCCUUUGAAUGUAAGGAAUGUGGGAAGGCUUUUGUUAGUGGCUCGAAACUUAUUCAGCACCAGCUAAUUCACACUGGUGAAAAACCCUAUGAAUGUAAAGAAUGUAGAAAGUCCUUUAAUAGUGGUUCAGAUUUUAAUCGGCAUCGGAGAAUACACACUGGUCAGAAACCCCAUAAAUGUAGGGAAUGUGAGAAGGCUUUUGGUCCUGGAUCGAGCCUUACUCAGCAUCAGAGAAUUCGUAGUGGUGAGAAACUUCAUGAAUGUAAGGGAUAUGAGAAGGCUUUGGGGAAGGGUUCACAAAUUUGGCAACAUAAGAAGAGUCAUGCUGGUGAGAAGCUCUGUGAAUUGGAAACUCUAUAAAUUAAAAUUAUAUGGUUAAGGAAGCAAAUGACACAUAAGAAAAUUCAUGGUAGUGAGAGUCCCUACAAAUGUAAAAGGUACAAAUGCCAAUCAAUUAAGGUCCUUUACCAAUCAAUCUGAGAAAAUACUUAACAGAAAAUUGAAAAACAUUCUGAAUAAUUUGAAAAUCUUUAUCUAAAUUCAUUCCUUCCUUCCUUUCAGAAUAUUCAUACUUGUGAAUGUUAAAAAUUGAAAAACCUUUCAUUUUGUAUAUUGGUUUUAUUUUACGCAUUGCAAUAUACUUAGGGGCUAAGGCUGCUACUUUCUUUUUAGUAUUCCUUUUUUUUUUAUUAUGCAGAAUGAUUGAUCCAUUUCAAAAUCCUUUAAGAUUAUUGUUGAGUGUCUAAAUUUACCCUCUUUCUUCCUCAUUUCUCAUCUGAACACCAUUUGUUUAACACCCACAUCGAUUUUCAUAUUUUUUUAACUGCCACUUGAUGGUAAGUUAUAAUUUUACAUAUAUAAAGGUUGGAUUAUUAGGUCAGUCUUUUUUUUUAUAUACUUGCUUGUUUGUGUUUAUAUCUGUGUUUCACCCUGUUUGUGUUAAGUUACUUUCAAGUACCCUUUAGUAGCUUACGGAUGUGUACCUUUUGUUUUGGAAGAUUGUUAUAUUUUCCUUUUACAAAUUUCAUACCCUUCUUUUUUCAGAACAGUUUUCCUCCAUGAAAAUGUGGGUAUGGGUAAAAAAUAUCUGUAGUCUUGCCAGUCGUAGACAAUCACUGUCAAAUUUUUGAAGCAAAUCCGUUAAGAUUAUAUCUGGCAUUGUUUUUGAAAGAAAAAGUAUGCUAUAACCAGCCUUUAAUAUUCCUUGUAAUUAUGUUGUUACUAUUUUAUUGACUUGCAAGUAUUCACCUGUUUUUAUCAAACCUCUAUUUUGUCAAAUACUGAAAAUUUUGCCAUUAUAAAGUGUUACCUUUUUGGCCCCUUUUGAUUGUGUCUGCUUUAUUUAUUCUUCAUUUUAGAGAUACUGUAUGGAUCUCCUCUGCUUUUAAUGAUUUACAUAGCUGCCCUUUUACCAACAUCCCUGAUCUCAGUUACUUCCCCAGUGUUAACCAACUUCCUUAUUCUUCCAGAUGCUUUUAUAUGCAUAUAUGAUGUAUUUUUGGUAAUGUGGGCAUAAUUAGUGUACUUCAGAGGCUUGUUACAUGAAUUCUACCGUUAAGCGUAUCACAAUAAAUACUUGGUUAGUUUAGCCAUCA